AUGAGUCUGGAACCCACGCAGACGAUUUCUGGCACGUCGCCGAUGUUGCACCAAAGAACGCACAAACACGUUUACCCAUUGCGGAUGGAAACUAUCCCGAUUUCAGAACCAGAUUCCAAGGCCAAAAUGCAAAGCAACGGGCCUUCCGAAGAGGACGAAGAAGAGGGCCAGUAUUUUGAAGGCAAGCAAUCCGUGUCGAAUCUGAGUCCCGAUCUGAAGUUCAAAAGACACAAGAAUAAACAUACUCAGGGGUUUCCUACUCUGGGUGAAAGAUUAGAUAACCUGCAAGAUAUCAAGAAGGCGAAAAGGGUGGAGAAUUUCAAUUCUUCCGCACCAUUGGGGGAAGAGAACCAUGGGAAUGGGAAUGGGGACGUUAACGCAAGUGCGAUGCCCGCUCCAUAUAUGCCUUAUUAUUAUUACUACCACCCCAUGAAUGCUCCUGCGCCAGGAAUGAUGGCAUAUCCUGGGUCGCCAAUGCAUUCUAUGAUGCCUAAUUCUUCACUACAGCCUUUUUAUUCACAACCGAGUGCCGCCGGCGGUCCCGAUAUGACCACUCCCCAGAACUUGUCUUCAUCGCAACAAUUGCUGCCUGCACCACAGCUGUUUCCCUAUGGAUCGUUCCAUCAACAACAACAGCCACAAUACAUUCAACGGACAAGAGAAAGAAAAAGAUCAAUUGGCACUCAAAGAGGUAGAAGGUUAUCGAUGUUGGCCUCCCAAGGUAAUGGCGGGAGCACUAUUAUAUCUCCACAUAAGGACGUUCCUGAAGAAGACUUCUACACCGUGGUGGGGAAUGCGUCCUUCUUUGGUAAAAAUUUACAAAUACGACAGCUUUUCAAUUGGUGUUUAAUCAGAUCGCUUCAUAAACUGGAAGCGAAGGCCAAAGGCACAGAAGAGGAAGCAGAACCGGAGCAUCUAACCAAAAAACCCAAGCCCGAACCAGUUAAGGACAAAACAAGUUACGUGGAUCCCAAACGUAUGGCCAUGGUCAUACUAAAGGAGUUUGUCGAUGACUUGAAAAAAGAUCACAUUGCCAUAGAUUGGGAAGACGAAGAAAAAGAUGAAGAUGAAGAAAAAGCGUUAGAUGAUACUGAAAACUACGAUGACACUGAACUACGACAGCUGUUUCAAGAAAACGACGACGACGACGACGACGAAGAUCUGGACUAUUCAGAGAUACAAAGUUCUAGGCGUAAACUUAAUGAAAGGAGAAAAGCAGUACUGAAUGAACCAAGGAAACUACUACCUAAUGGCAAGAACGUGGAAAAUACCAAAAAUUUGAAUCUAUUGGUCGGCAAGGUGCACGCCAUAAAAAACGAAGUCAAAGAAUGGGCUACUACACUAGACACCUCGAGACCGGAUCUUGAAUGGCAAGAAUUAACUUCACUAUCAUCACAACCGCAUGAACCAGCUUUGGACAAGGAGGACUCACAACUCACGUUUGCAGAUAUUGAGGCAAAGUUAGGCACAAAAGUCGAUGAAUUAAGGUACCAGUCACACAUAUUGAACUCACAUUCAUUAGCCUUAAGCGAAAUAACGACCUCCAAGCUGAAAAAAUUGAACGUGGAAACUAUGAACAAAAUUUCUAACGAAACGGACGAUGAACAUUCGCAAGCUAUUAACUCUCAACAAUUACUGAAGGGGUUAAGUCUAUCAUUUGGAAGAAAACUGGAUAUAUAA